AUGACCCACGAUCGCGAAGAGGGAAUCCAAGACCCUUUCAGCGAUAGGGAACUUGAGGAUGCUUUAGCAGAUGCAGGUGGCAGCCAAAUCUCGAGCCCACGGGCAGCUUUGCUCGGUGAUCGAAGGUCCCAACAAGUUACCGACUCUCACCCCUCUCCGUCCGUAUCCCGCCGUCGAAAGCCAUCAAGGCCACGAUGGAUGACACAGGUCUCGCCACAAGGAUACGAACUAGAUGAUCGAGAUGAGGACGUGCCUAUGUCACUCUUGGUCGAAGGGGAGGAUGACGAAGUGUUGAAGGCGCGCCUUCCUCCCCCACCUAAUGAGAUGCCCAGUCACUCCAGAAGUCCGAGCCCCCAACUCCCUCCUCACCAGAAUCAACAAUGGGAAACCAACCGUGGUCGGCAAACGCGAAAUCCUGAAUCUGCACAUCCAAUCCGACAGUGGCUCAACAUGCAACCGAGUCUCGCCAAUAUCGAUCCCAAAAAGAAAGCAAUGUGGCGAUGGGCGAAUGUUGAAGACUUGGACAACUUCCUAAAAGACGUCUACAUAUAUUUCCUCGGAAAUGGAUUCUGGUCUAUUCUGCUGAGCCGCACCUUGAAUCUUUUGACAUUUGCGUUCGUCGUUGGGUUUUCCACAUUUCUAACCAACUGUGUGAACUAUCACAAAGUCAGAGGAAGUAAGAGUUUGGAUGAGAUCCUGGUCCCCAGAUGUACGGCAAACAUGUCCGGUACAGCGACCUUCCUACUUUGGUUGUUCAGUUUCUUCUGGAUUGGCAAGCUCUUCCAAUAUCUACUGGACAUCCGGAGGCUCUGGAACAUGCAUGACUUCUACCUUUACCUACUUGACGUCGCUGAUGCCGAAGUCCAAACUAUCUCCUGGCAGGAGGUGGUCAGCCGACUGAUGAGUCUGCGCGAUUCAAACCCCGCCACUGCCGCCGCCGUAUCAGCGAAACAUCGAAGAUUUCUGGGCAGUCAGUCGAAGCAGCGAAUGGAUGCUCAUGACAUCGCUAAUCGUCUGAUGCGCAAGGAGAAUUAUAUGAUUGCGCUGGUCAACAAAGACAUUCUGGACCUGACCCUACCGAUUCCGUUUCUCAGAAAUCGACAACUGUUUUCUCGAACACUAGAGUGGAAUCUCAAUCUUUGCAUAAUGGACUACGUGUUUAACGAACAGGGGCAAUUACGCACAUUGUUUCUUAAAGAUACCCACCGAAGAGCUCUCAGUGAUGGACUGCGACGACGCUUCAUUUUUGCCGGUAUCAUGAAUAUCAUUGUCGCGCCGUUCAUCGUUGUUUACUUCCUGAUGCAUUACUUUUUCCGUUAUUUCAACGAGUUCAAGAAGAGUCCAGCGCAGAUCGGAUCUCGUCAGUACACUCCGCUGGCGGAGUGGAAGUUCCGCGAAUUCAAUGAACUUUGGCAUAUGUUCGAGCGCCGCACCAAUAUGUCAUAUCCAUUUGCUAGCCGCUAUAUUGACCAGUUUCCAAAGGACAAGACUGUCCAGGUUGCUCGAUUCAUUGCUUUCAUUUCCGGUGCUCUGGCAUCGGUGCUUGCCCUCGCUUCAGUGGUGGACCCAGAACUCUUCCUUGGAUUCGAAAUCAGCCCCGAUCGAACCGUCCUCUUUUACCUCGGUAUAUUUGGUACUAUUUGGGCCUUUGCUCGAGGAUUGGCGCCCGAGGAAACAGAUGUGUUUGAUCCGGAGUAUGCACUGCGUGAGCUCAUCGAAUUCACUCACUAUUCCCCCUCGGGCUGGAAUGGCCGGUUGCACAGUGAUGAUGUGCGCCGGGAAUUUGCGAUUCUUUAUCAAAUGAAGAUCGUCAUCUUCCUGGAGGAAAUCCUUAGCAUGAUCUUCACACCCUUCGUGCUGUGGUUUAGCCUACCCAAAUGUAGCGACCGGCUGAUAGACUUCUUCCGGGAGUUCACCAUCCAUGUUGACGGGAUGGGAUACGUUUGCUCCUUUGCUAUCUUCAAUUUCAAGAAGGGGGCCAACGACCUGUCUCAAAGUCGACAAGGGCUCGCUAAGCAGGACCCACGAGCCGAAUAUUACAAUACCAAGGACAACAAGAUGCUUGCUUCAUACUACGGAUUCUUGGAACACUAUGGUCCCAAUCAACAACAACCUGCAGGACGACGGCCGUUCCACCCACCACCGAAUCUCCCCACACUUGGCUCGCCCUCGGCGAUCGAUCUUGGAACCGGUCCCGAUCGAUUCGAUAAUGCCCAUCGGCCCGGGCCAGCAGGCGGUCCUUUCGGCCCACAGUCGAUCGUUGGCGCCUCUAGGUUCCGCCCAAUGCCUUUAGGUGAUCAACGGUCGCCAGCUCCAUCUAUCUUACUUGACCCACACCAUCAACCUUCGACUUCAGGCUUCCGCACGGGUAUGCGAAAUAAUCCCCACCCACGCUCUCGACUGGCGCUAUCACCACGCCCUGUCAAUUACGAUGACGAGCGCCCUUCUCAAGACCCGCGUGAUUCUAGCACUCGACAGCAGGGAGUAGCGGGUGCGUCUAGUGGUGGCGUGGGCACCGGCGAGAGUAGUCUUGGGGACUCCUGGCGAAUGAAUCCUCCUGGAAAAGACGAGGAAGUCGAUGAGGAAGAGGAGGAGGAGAAUGUUGAUGACAUUGCCGGCGGGGCUGGAGUUCUGGGAUUAAUCCAGCAGUUUCAAAAGGCCAACACCGAGGGUCGCCGGACGACGGUAGGGAUCUAG